AUGGUAGAGAGUUUUAGACUGAAUUCGGAUACUAAACGACUUUAUCCUUGGAUAACAGCUGUACUUGCUUUCUCCUCGUUUCUUGGAGGACUUCUUUUACCACGUCGUAUGAUUCGCAACAUAAUUUUAAUAACCGCUGAGAAUAACAAUACUUCGGCACUACAAAAGUUUAUUCAGAUCGAUACCCAUGGAGCUUUUGGUAUUAAAAGUAAUGGUAGAACAUUCAAGAGACCUUUGAGAUAUAUAUCAUUUGACUAUAAAUCACCACACUCUGAUGUAUCCAGAAUAAAUAUUCGUGUCAAACAUGUACCUUUCGGUUUCAUACUUGAUUUACGAAAGGCAAAACACAUUGAUGAAAAUGAAUUGUGCUGUCUAAUGUACAAAGUUAAUCAGAAGUGUAGUACUUAAUUCUGUAAUAACUGUAAUAUGUAUUAUCUUAUGAAUUUCAUGUUACUGGAUAAAUAAUAUGAAUGCUUGUAGACAAUGUUCAUGUAAAAUCAGUGAUUUUUAAUCUACUGAAACUACUGUAUUACCAAUAUCCUACUCAUAAUUUAUACUAAUGGCUUACGAUGAAAUAAA